GGAAAAUGGAAAGAGUGGGGAAAGUGGAGGUGGGCAGCAGUGUGAGCAGGAGCAGUCCACUGCCCGGCUGUGGGGCUCUGCUGGCAGAGAGUGAGCUGCUGGUGCACCUGUUCAACGAGCACCUGACGGAGACGCCGCGCAAGCCCAUGGAGCUCGCGCUGCGCAUGCGCAGGGUGGACACGGGGGAGCGGACGCUGCUGCUGCUGGUGCACUGGCAGCUGCCAGUGGGGCAGGAUCAGUGCCUGGGCGUGCUCAACUGGACGGGCAGCGCUCAGCGCUGUCUGUUCGAGCCGCAGCGCCAUCUGCAGUUCGGCCAAUCCGCGCUGGCCGCCUGCCUGCCGGUGCUGGCGAUGGUUCGGAAGAGCACGUGGGCGGCCCUGGUGGCCGAGUGCCCGGAGCUGGACAACGGCCAUCCCAGACGGGACCACAUCGUCUAUCUCUUCUGGCUGCUGGCGCCGGCCACACGGCAGCCCGUCCAUGCCAGCCUGGGCUUCAUCAAUCGCAAGCUCCAGUGCGGCCUGCGCGCCCUCUGCCAGCUGCGCAGCCUGGGCAGCCUGGGCAGCCGACGUCGGCUCAGUCAGCACUGCCUGACGCUGAACGAGAGCCAGCUGGAUCAGAUGUGCUGUCCGCAUGGCAGUAGCUGCUUCCUCGAGCUGGUCAUCAUCGAAGGUGGCUGA